GCGGGUGGGGAGGGACGGUCCGAAUUUCACAAAGUUCCCUGUGACAAGGAGCAUUCUUGUUUAAUCUGACAGUUACCAAAUAAGAAGGUUUUCUCAGCCAAUUAAAAUCAAGGAAAUUUGACAGAUCUGAUCAUCUCGAGCGCACUUCAUCCCGGACUUCAUCAUUAUUUUCUUGGACAAAGUGUUGACGAAGUCUCGGAUGCCUAUAAAACGUCUGGCAUAGUAGACUAACAUCAAGGGGAAUUCCCCGCCGCCUGGAACGUAACAUCCCGAGUGCAAGUGCAGUGGCACGCAGCGCGUAAACACGUGAUUUUGGCAUAUAGUGGUAUUAUUGUGGAUAAGGAGAGGAGAUAAGCGAGCUGCUAUAGUUACGGUCGAUUUGCUGGACGCUUGGACAGGUGUUGAAGUGGCUUCGAGCUUGAACUCAGUCUCAGAAGAUCUAGUGUAUCUUUCUUGACGUGACAGAGUCGGACAUCUUAUUUUUGCAUUGGUUAGAACUUACUUAGAUGUGCUGGUAUUACAACGACACGAGUGUUUCCAGAUAAUAUCCAAUUGCUGAUCAAUCCAAGAUGCCUAGCUCCAAGCCAAGGAGAAAAUAUCCAGCCAAAGAUGUGCUUGACAUUGGAGAGAAGUUCUUCCAAUACCUCGGGAGUAGAGGUCAUCAAGGGGUCACAGAGAAAGAAGCUUUACGUGACCUUUACUAUGAUGAAUUUAAGCCUUCUCUCCAAGGACAAGGUGUUAAAGUAUGUGGAUUUUCAACGCUGAUCAAUUUCUUGAAACGCAACAAGAGGAUACGAGUGAAAGAUGGUCAUGUGGUUUCUCAGAGGGCCUAUGACUCUGUGACGAUUGACCAGUACACGACCAUUAGGAAAUCUGAGGAGGUUCUAAAUGAAGAAGGAUCACCAGCAAGCGGGGUUGGAGAUGGAGGGAGGCGGUCUGGCCAGCGCAAACGUUACCCUUGCCUUUGUGAGGUUUGCGGAGUGAAAGUCAACUCUGAGGUCACAUACAGGGAUCAUAUUCGAGGGAACCGCCACAGAGUUAAUAUGCUGAAAAAGGACUUAAAUUCGAAAAGGGGUGGCCUUAUUGAAACCAAGAAUGGUGUAUCCCUUGAAACAGACUAUGAUGAUGACAAUGGGAAUGUAACAACUCAGAUGCAAAGAGGAACAACUAAAGAGGUGCGCUUCAUCAUCAAGUCAGUCGGUGAUAGGGAGAUUGCCUUCAUAUCCAUCGCUCUUCUGCGACCUCGUAAAGAGUUCAGUGUCAAGGAUGAACAUAAGGUCUUUGAUGGGGUCAAUUUACUGAGAAUGCCCAAGGUGCAGCUAUUAUGCUGCAAUGCCGACAAUCUGGGAAGACUUGCUAGUCCAAUUGUCUUUGCAUUUCGUCUUGAAGAUACAAGAGAGAUUUUCCAGGUCUUGCGGUUUGUUUCUGUCACUGUUGUGAGCGAUGUGAUAGAUGAUCUACCGCCAUCCAAACCAUACACCAAUCCCCCAAAGUUUACUGCCAGGGAGAAGAGAGGAGAGAUUGUAGAAGGAAUUCAACUCUCAUUCUCUUCAAACAAUCCAUUGAAGGGUAUUCCUCUAGGGUUUUUUGAUGUGCCUCGGGAACUUCAAAACACUGUGAACAACAGACGUAACUUACCCCAACUCAGGGAUAGACUAAAGCAGCCUUUAACGGUAGACAACCAUCGGGAAAAGUUCCAUGAACUACUGUAUGUAGAAGAAUUGCAGAUGCAAGUUGAUAUCAGAAGAUAUGAUAGGAUAAAUCAGACACUGGAUAAGGAUAAACAACCCAACAUGCUCAGACUUCAUGUACCUGGUCUUGCUGAGAAUCGUCCAUCAGUUCUUAGAGGAGAUCAUUUAUUUGCUCGGUUCAGUGACAAGUCUGACAAGAAAAGCUACAAGGGAUACGUCCACAGGGUAGAACAAGAGAACCUGGUCUUGGGAUUUCAUGCCGACUUUAGGAACAAGUACAUCCAAGGUAUGAAGGUUGACAUUGAGUUCACCUUCAGUCGAUUCCCAAUUCGCAAUCAACAUCAAGCUGUAGAGUCAGCAACAGUAGAGGGCAGGCUUAGUGAUGCAUUAUUUCCGGGUACAGGGAGCAAAGUUGGAACCAAAGGACAGUUUUCAAAGAUUCCAGAACUUCAGGCUUUCAAAAGGACCCUCUUUGACCAGAAGUUAUCUAAGAACAUGGAACAGGUCCAGGCUGUUCAUCAGAUUGUGACAGGAACCGCUAGACCUGCCCCGUACCUGGUCUUUGGACCUCCGGGUACAGGGAAGACUGUCACCAUUGUAGAAGCUGCCAAGCAGGUCUACCACUUGUUACCAGAGAGCAGAAUCCUGGUUAGUGCACCCUCUAACAGUGCAGCUGAUUUAGUGGCUGUUCGUCUGCUCAAUAAAGGAACACCUAUUGCUAAGACUCAUCUUAUGAGACUAUAUGCCCCAAGCAGACCGCUCAUCUCUAUCGAUCCUGUUCUUAAGGAGAAGAAAUGUUGUAACCUAGGAGCUUAUGAUCUGUAUGUACCCACUAAAGAUGAGAUCAUGACAAAGAGAAUUGUAGUAACAACUCUUGUCACUGCAGGAAGAAUUGCACUGGCCCAGUUUCCUGAUGAUUUCUUCACCCAUGUAUUCGUUGAUGAGGCUGGUCAUGCCACCGAACCAGAAGCUCUGAUUGCUUUGGCUGGAGUGAUGAACCUUGAUAACCCUAAAGGAGGUCAGGUCAUCUUAGCUGGUGACCCUCGACAGCUUGGACCUGUGCUGAGGUCACCACUAGCCAUUGAGAAUGGUCUUGCACUGUCAUAUCUGGAGAGACUAAUGACCCAGUGUCCAGCCUACAGCCGGAAGGAUGAUGCAGGAGCAGCGAAUGCACACUAUGAUCAGCGAAUCUUGACCAAACUACUCCAGAACUACCGCUCUCAUCCGGACAUUCUCAAACUCCCCAAUCAGAUGUUCUAUGACGAAGAGCUCAAGGUAUUUGCAGAUGAGCUGGUCAGAGAAUCAUUCUGCAGGUGGGAUGAGCUGCCUAAACAGGGAUUCCCAAUCAUCUUCCACGGUGUUGAAGGUCAAGAUGAGAGGGAGGAGCAGAGUCCAUCAUUCUUCAACAAGUCUGAAGUUGAGAUUGUAGUAGACUAUGUCAAGAAGGUGAUGGAAAAGAGAGGAGGGCAGAAGAUCAAACAGGAAGACAUUGGUGUGAUUUCUCCUUACAGGAAACAGGUAGAAAAGCUGCGUCAGGUUCUAAAGAAGCGCCGCUUUGGUGACAUCAAGGUUGGAUCAGUAGAGGAGUUUCAAGGGCAGGAGAGGAUGGUCAUCAUCAUCUCAACUGUCCGUAGCACCAAGGCAGAGUACAUUGAAAUGGAUAUUGACUUCAAACUAGGAUUUUUGAAGAACCCUAAGAGAUUCAAUGUGGCAGUGACCAGAGCCAAAGCCCUUCUUGUUAUUGUGGGAAACCCCUUCAUGCUCAGUAAAGACGAACACUGGAACCAAAUGUUGAAGUUCUGCAUUGAGAAUGGAGGCUACAGAGGAUGUACUUACAAUUCUGAGGAGAAUGAUGUAGACACCAUCAUUGAACUCUUGAAGAAGGUUCAUCUCGGAAGUGUUCCUACAGUAGAGGAAGUGGAAGAGGAGCUUGGAUUCAGUCAUGUCGCUCAGCAGAAUGACCCUGAAUGGAGAGGUGAAGACUAGGUCAAGAGGUCAUCUCCAUAGCAACAAGGCAAAGAAUUAUUCUUAUCCAUGCGUUAUGGUUGAAUAAGGAGAGAUGAUAUAGCGAACCAACAGGAUGAGUAACAAACCAGUCUCUGGCAUCCAUUAUCAGAUCAUUGAUGAUUUCUAUUUGGGCCAGGCCGGAGGAAUAAGCUCAGAUAGGAAAUUGAUGACAUUGAUGUGUAAAAACUUUGAUAUAACAUUAAUUAAUAUCAUUGUAAAUAAUGCUGAUGGUGAGCAUAGUUGAAGGGAAUUAAAUAAAGUGUUGCACAAUCGGGCAGCUGUGUUUUAGCAAACCAAUAGACUGGGGAUAACUACGUAGACGUUGGGGAGUGUCUAUGCAUUCUAUGUAUGUAUGGAAGACCGAUAGAUUCUAAUAAACAGGUAAAAGUCACUAUUUCAGUGCAAUAUUUUCUGGAAAUAGGUCAUGAUCCUGGACCAAAUGUGCCAAAACGAUAUGGGAAAAAAGUAAUAACUUCUUGAGAAAAUAUUUCUGAUUAUCUUUCACUCGUCAUGUUGCAAGAUUCACCAACCCUAAACUGUAGAUGGCAUAGUUCCUGAUUAAGCUCAACAAGAUUUUUUCACAUUACUCACAGAUUUACCUCUUCAGCAGUAAUAAAUUCUUUAAGAUGAGACAGGACUAGUAAAACUGCAAUUUAUACUGAUGGGCAGUUGUUGAAAUAAGAAAAUAGGAUAAGGCAGCAUGCCCAUGGUAUCAACAAAUAAUAAAGAUGGCCAGAGCAUUCUGGUUUUUAAACAGAUCAAUGUAUUCUAUACAUGUAUAGUAUCAAUGGACCAUCUUUUUUAAUCCUGCAGAUAAGAUAUUUUUAAUAUGACAAUAUCAUAAUGGAAUUUUAUUAAUAAAUGAAGCAACCAUGUAGUUAUAGUUACUGGGUCAUUUAAAUUUGUAUGAAUAUUUCAAUAAGGUACAGCUUUGCUGGGAAUUGUUUUUAUGAAUACUGUAUAUAGAAAAUCAAGCAUUCAAUUCAUUUCAUUCCAUAUGCAGGUUGUUAUGUGCCAUUAAUCAAUAAAUACAUUAGUAGUAGGAUAUAGAUCAUUUUAGAGUCAAUAUCAUAAUUCAAAUUCAAUUAAACCACUUGGUAGGAUAUUUUUAUGAAUGUUUUUAUUCACAACUCUUGCCAGUUGACUAGGUGUGCAGUUUGAUAUACUUCCUAAAUAGUUACAUAAUCAUCUUGCGGUGAAAACUUUUUCAUGAUUUUAACUUUUUUACAAUUUUACUCUGCAUAUUAAUGAAUAAGUUAUUCACAUUCCAUGUCCUUUUUAUACUCUAUGAUGAUACAAUGUGUCAUAUACAAACCAUAUGCUCUUUAAUUCUGCCCUUUUUGUCUUGCUGAUAUUCUGAAGAGAUUGAUUGUAAUACGUAUAGAAUAAUGAAAGAAAUUAUUGAAGAGGUUUGGUGAAAAUCCACCAAAGAACAAAGUUAUUUAUGUGUAACGUUGGAAAUGGUUGGAACUGAGUUUUUAAUAAGUCAUCCAACACAAUGUAUGAUACACAUCACCAUGAACCAUUAGAAAAUGAAAAUUAUUGAAUUCAUGGUGCAGUUUCUUGCAUGUGAUAUAACAAAACCAUAACUUUGGAAGUUCAGAACUCUGUGUUGGACAAUGAAUGUAUAUUCCUUUGGAUUUUAUAAUCUUCAAUGAUAUGUUUUCCCCAUAUCUGUGCUUAUAUCAAAACAUACUUUUCUGUGUAUGUGAAAUUAGAGAGAUUUGAGUCAGAUUUGUAUUUAACCUGUUAAGAAUAAUGGCCAUCAUGGUUAAGAUGUAUGUAUGAAGGCAGAACAUUUUUUCAGAUUUCAAGUAAUUAAUUUUAAAUCUGUAUCAUUCUUAUUUUUUUAAUACUUAUUUCAUCAAUUCAGUCUGGCUUUAAAUAUCAUUGUGCUCUUUAUGAUAUUGUUAAUAUGUUGGACAAUAAUAAGUGCUUUUAGUUCGAAAUCAAGAUCAAUGUUUUAACAAUGUUUUAGCGAAAUAACUUUAGAUUUCAUAGGAGGUAUUUUUUAUACCAUCUUAAGAGGGUUUUUAGGGUUUUGAUUUUAAAAUAUUUUAAUUUUAGGGUCAGAGUUUGUACAGAAAUAUAUUAUUUAAAGAAAUUCAAUGAUUAAAUCUCUAAAACAAAGCCACAAGUCUUGUGUUUGAGCAUGGGAUGGAAUGUCUCCCCACACACCAACUUUUACAUUUCUGCCAUGAAAGUUGAGAAAAUAGGUGGAAGGGCACAUUGUACAAUAUUGACUGAAGUCAGUUUCACAAUUGUUAAUAUUAAUGUUACAGGGCUCAGCUCAUAUCACUCAUGGUGUUUACCAAACAGCUGUUAUUCCUAAGGGAAAUACCCCGAUUGGACUGUUAUGUAGUAAUUGUUUUGUACCCAUUCAUACACAUACUGAGCCUUAUCAUUUUCAGAUGUUAAUAUUUUCAAAUAACUACAGUAUAUAAAUGAAUUCAUAGUUUUCAUGCAUAGUGCAUACUAUAUAGAAAUAAAAAACUUUUAAAAUACAA